AUGGCUCGCUGGGCGAGGAGGAUCGAGAGGUGUUGCUGCCGAUGCGCUACGUACUUCCCUCUCGCCUUCGUCUACGGCAUCACAACUUGGGCCGUCUUUGUCGACUGUAACAUAGGGUAUGAUGCCCAGAAGUCAAGUUGGAUAGGUAAAUGGUCAUCGCUCCUUGCUAUAAUUCUCUAUGCUCUCCUGAACUGGUCCUACACGACGGCCGUGUUCACCCCUCCCGGCAGCACCACCAACGACAGCGGGUACAGCACCCUACCCACACACGAGCCUCGUGCGACCACCAACCCAACCACCUUGACCGUCAAGUCGAACGGGGAGAUACGCUUUUGCAAGAAAUGCCAGGCCCGCAAGCCCGACCGCGCGCAUCACUGCUCGACCUGCAGGCGGUGUGUCCUCAAGAUGGACCACCACUGCCCCUGGCUCGCCACCUGCAUCGGACUGCGCAACCACAAGGCGUUCCUACUGUUCCUCAUAUAUACAACGCUGUUCAGCAUGUACAGUUUCUUGGUGGCGGGGUCUUGGACUUGGGACGAGAUUGUCAGUGACGUGACCUACGUCGAAUCGCUCAUGCCGGUUAAUUACAUCGUAUUGUGUGUCAUUGCGGGCAUCAUAUCACUGGUUGUCGGCGCGUUCACAGCGUGGCAUAUUAUGUUGGCUGCUCGCGGGCAGACCACCAUCGAGUGCCUCGAGAAGACGAGGUAUCUCUCGCCGUUGCGAAAGACGUUGCAGAAUGCCUACCAAGCACAGCACACUGACGGACGAGGAGUGCCGAUGCCGCGUUACGGGCAGCAACUGCUGGACGCGCACCAAAAUAUACUGCCAGGUGUUAGCCGGCCAGAGGAGGGCGAGGAACUACGAACACUGGCACCGAGUCAGAGAGACGAGGAAAACGCGACGCUGAUCAGCGGCAUGCCGAGACACAGGACCUACGAGGAGAUGGAGCGCCACCGCGCACGCAAGAGGUAUGAGGAAUAUCUCGAAGAGCAGGACAGCAGCAAGCUACCCAACGCAUUCGACCUAGGCUGGAGGCGGAACUUGCUGCACCUCUUUGGUCACAACCCCUGGCUUUGGGGCCUACCGAUUAUGACCACGACCGGCGACGGGUGGACGUGGGAGCCAUCUCCCAAGUGGGUCGAGGCCACCGAACGCGUCGAGCGGGAGCGCAAUGAGCAGCGUGCGAGGGAACGUGCUGCUGGCUGGGGCGUGCCGGAUGACGGGGCCGAUGUGGAAUCUGUGCCUACGCCACCGUCCUGGAACCCGCCAUUGAGAGGAGCCGGCCGGCAUUACCGGGACGAGAGGCCAAGUCCUCCGCGCAAGACACCGAGCAAGGCUGAUAAAGUUCUGGGUAGGGACCCGAACUUGUACGCGGACCAGCCUGGUGUGAAUAUGAGCAGACUGAGCCCUGCGAACAAGGACAUGGGCAAACGAAGGAAGCCGGACGAUAUCUACGGAGACAAUGACAGUCUCUUUGACACGAGCAGCGACGAGCUCGACAACGAGGAGCCAUCUCAGCAGGAGAGGCAAAAAGCGGAUAGGAAGAGCUCUGGUCCUCUGAACCCAAAACCAAGCAGUCCCACCAACCCGUUUAACAGCAGUGGAGGACGUAAUAUGAGCAUGGGUAGCGGCGUGAGUGGGCUGCUGCGAAAAGCGUCGAACAACUCUCUUGCGAACGCGAAUGCAAGCAGGAAUGCGAGGAAUAAGCAGACAACCGACGAGGACGAGGUGGACUGA